CUCGUUCUUCAAUUCGGUUUUCAAAAAAUAUCAUCAACACCACCCCUAACCCUAAUUGAAUCACACACAUAGUUACUUAUCAGCCACCAUCGGAGGAAAUAUGCACUUUCUCUUUUGAGAUUCACUUCAGUAUGUUCCAUCUAUGCACAAAUGAUGGAUCCAAUGGUGACUCUAUUCGGAAGUGUUCACGAGAAACAGAACGAAACCGGAAGCAUGAUCUUCCCAAAAUUCGGAAGCAUGUUUCAUGGCGAUCAGCAUAAACCCGGAUGUAGAGAGUAAUCACGAAAAUGGGAACUUAUCCGUGGACGAAACUAAUGAUAAUGUAAAAACCCCGUUGCUAUCGCUUAAUUCAACUAGUGUAGAUAAAGACAUGAUUGCUCCGGUUUCUAGGAGUAUGUUAAACACAGAUCAGCCUAGCGAGUCGAAUAGUGUGAUAGGGAUUGGUGGUGGGUGGCAGUUGGCGUAUACAAAGACCGAAGACGGGAAGAAAGCGGGCGGGUUGCAGCGGAUUUACUUGCACCAGGAGGGUGGUGCAGAAUCCAGACGCGGGUCCAUUGCUUCACUCCCGGUUGCGGAUGAUGGUGACGGGGUUCGGGCCUCGGCUCUUGUUAGUAGAUCAGUUCUUUGUUUAGAUGAUACGAUGGCUCAGAACCCGAUUCAGUCGGGUCUGAUCAAACCACAACAGUCUACUAAAGAUGUGACAAGUUGGGCUGAUCUUUCCAAGCUGGUAUUAAACAAGCAUUGAUUGUUGGUGUUGGGAUUCAAAUACUACAACAGGUGAAUUGUUAUGUUUGAGGUGUAUGGUAAUCACGGUGAAAAAUAAAGAUAAUUCAAUAUAGGAUCUGGAUUCUUUGUUGUGUUCUACUAUGAAUUGUUGUUGAUGAACAAGUUUUACAACUGCUGCUAAUUUUGUACCAAAUUCCACAAGUUUAUAUCCACUUUUUCAUUUAUUUGUUGUAUAAUAUCUUAGAUUUGAGCUACCGCAUCACUUUAUCAGUUGUUUUGUAUUGAUUUUACUCUGAA